GUGUACUUAGCAAGAAUGUGUGAAAGUGCACAUUCAGGAAGGACUGAACCCCAGAAGACGCAUCACCCACUGAGGGCUGGAUGUGAUAUCAGGAGAACCCCAGCCUUGAGCCUCUCUCAGACACAGGGUGCUGACUCCCUGCUGGCUGGUCCCUCUCCUUCCUCAGGUUUCAGGUGUGUUACUCUUUGUGGUCAUGGGGAUGAGUCAUUAUUUAUCUUUAUUUCUCAGCCUCCUCCUAGUCAAAGCCAAGAAAAGGACGUUAAAAAGGAGAAGGAAAGCGAGCCUUACAGUGAACUGAAGAAUCAACCACAUUUUGUGAAGGAAAGAUUGAAGCUGUUUGAAAUACUGAAGAAAGAGCAUCAGCUCUUACUGGCCAUUUAUGACAGAAAGGCGGACACCAGCAACGUGAUCACAGUUCGAGUGGCUGAUGGGAAAACAGUGGAAGGGGAAGCUUGGAAAACAACACCUUACGACGUGGCAGCUGAGAUUAGUCAGGAGCUGGCUGAAGACACAGUAGUAGCCAAAGUCAAUGGUGAAUUAUGGGACUUGGACCGCCCAUUGGAAGGGGACUCCACUCUAGAGCUGCUUCUGUUUAAUAAUGAGGAAGCCCAAGCUGUGUACUGGCACUCCAGUGCCCAUGUUCUCGGGGAAGCCAUGGAACUCUACUACGGAGGCCACUUGUGCUACGGGCCACCCAUUGAAGCUGGAUUUUACUAUGACAUGUUCCUGGAAGACAGAGCAGUGUCAAGUGAAGAGCUGUCAGCGCUGGAGAACUUGUGUAAGGCCAUCAUACAGGAGAAGCAGCCUUUCGAAAGAUUGGAGGUCAGCAAGGACGUCCUCUUGGACAUGUUUAAGUACAAUAAAUUUAAAUGCCGCAUCCUGAAUGAGAAGGUUAACACUCCGACAACCACAGUUUACAGGUGCGGUCCACUAAUUGACCUUUGUAAAGGCCCCCACGUAAGACACACGGGAAAAAUUAAAGCCAUAAAAAUUUUCAAGCAUUCCUCCACGUAUUGGGAGGGCAAUCCUGCAAUGGAAGCGCUGCAGAGGGUCUAUGGGAUAUCCUUUCCGGAUAACAAGAUGAUGACAGCCUGGGAAACGCUCCAGGAGGAAGCCAGGAACCGAGAUCACAGGAAGAUUGGGAAGGAACAAGAACUUUUCUUUUUCCACGAUCUAAGUCCUGGAAGCUGUUUCUUUCUUCCCAAAGGAGCCUUCAUUUAUAAUACACUGAUGGAGUUCAUACGAGAGGAAUAUCACCAACGUAACUUCACAGAAGUGCUUUCCCCCAACAUGUACAACAGAAAACUCUGGGAAGCCUCGGGCCACUGGCAGCAUUACAUUGAGAACAUGUUUACCUUUGGUAUCGAAAAGGACACCUUUGCCCUUAAACCCAUCAAUUGUCCAGGGCACUGUCUGAUGUUUGCCCACCGUCCACGGUCUUGGAGGGAAAUGCCCAUUAGAUUUGCGGACUUCGGAGUUCUUCACAGAAAUGAGCUGUCAGGAACUCUAAGUGGCUUGACCCACGUUAGGCGCUUCCAGCAGGACGAUGCUCACAUCUUCUGCACAGUGGAGCAGAUUGAAGAAGAAAUAAAAGGAUGCUUGCAGUUUUUGCAGUUUGUUUACUCAACAUUUGGCUUCUCCUUUCAACUAAAUUUGUCCACAAGGCCUGAAAACUUUCUAGGAGAGGUUGAGAUAUGGGAUGAAGCUGAAAAGCAACUACAGAAUAGCUUGAUGGAAUUUGGAAAACCCUGGAAAAUGAACCCAGGAGAUGGUGCAUUUUAUGGUCCUAAAAUUGAUGUAAAAAUCAAGGAUGCUAUUGGCAGAUCCCACCAAUGUGCUACAAUUCAGCUGGACUUCCAACUACCUAAAAGAUUUAAUCUUACAUACGUUAGUAAGGACGGGCAUGAUAAGAAGAACCCUGUGAUCAUCCAUCGGGCCAUUUUGGGGUCCUUGGAAAGGUUGAUAGCCAUUCUCUUAGAAAACUAUGGAGGAAAGUGGCCUUUCUGGCUGUCUCCUCACCAGAUAAUGGUCAUCCCUGCGGGGCCAACUUGUGAAAACUACGCACUUCAGGUAUCCAGUGAAUUUUUUGCAGAAGGAUUCAUGGCUGACGUUGAUUUAGAUCACAGUUGUACCCUCGAUAAGAAAAUCCGAAAUGCACAGCUGGCUCAGUAUAAUUUUAUUUUGGUGGUUGGAGAAAAGGAAAAGGCAAAUAAUGCUGUAAAUGUUCGAACAAGAGACAACAAAAUUCAUGGAGAGAUUUCCGUAGCUUCUGCCAUGGACAGACUGAAGAAUCUCAAGAAAUCACGUACACUAAAUGCUGAGGAAGAAUUCUGACAUCCUUUCCUUGUACUCACUUCUCUUUAACCUUGCUUUGACCCCCAACAGUGCAUUUUUCUUCAUUAACACUAGUACUUCUGAGAACUUUGGACCACUGUGGGGUCCACCGAUGGGCACAGUGAGAAAGGAGACAGUGUGGGAAUAGCAUAAAAGUUAAUUCACUAAUGUGUCUGCGGACAACUUUUAAUUUCCCAGAUGUCCUGAGAGACUUAAAUGGUAAAAUGCUAUUCAUCAAAAGGGGGAAUACUAGGAAAUGAGCAUUAUGAGAUAUUCUUGUUAAAAGCUGUGAUUUUCAAAAGAGGUUUCAAACAAAAGUCUACAAAGCUCUUUGAAUAUGGGGGAAAUUUAUUUUCUAAUAGCAUUAUGUCUCCGAUAUUUGGUUUUUUUUUUAACUUAAGUUUUUCUGAAGUUCACACUGGAAAUUUACCUCCAAAAUCGGAGCCAUUAAUUUGUUUUAACUAACCAACAACCACAAAAUAAGAAGCUAGUACUAAAUCCUGGAUUACUGACAAAGGAUCCGAACUCAGAGAUUUCAGUUGUGCAGUCUGCUGUAGUAUCCACUGUAGUUUAAGAGUUGCCUCUUAAUGCUUCUGACAGUUGAACCUGUUUAUCUCUAGGAAAGAUAAACUCAAAUAAAAUGCGCUACAUAGCACUUCCAGUGUUUCA